UUUACAGUAACUUACAGACAGCUCAGGACAGAGGGACUAUGAACACGCGCAGCGGUGCCAUUACUCCACAUGGUUCUCAAACUGCUCAACCGAGCUGCACCGACAGCAACAUUCUCAUAAGAAGGUUACAGCUCCGUCUCCAGCGCGGGCUUUCUGGCGUUGCAGGGAGAGUUUUCAGUCGCACCGGUAGUUGAAUGUCAACUUUUUGGGUGUCUUGGAGUGUGAAGAAGUGGACCUGUGCGUAUUUACCUAUAAAUGCGCUUUGGAAACUAGGCGCGUGGCGCGUCUCCAAACAGACCGGGAGACCGAAAGUCUCAUACGAAGUUUUAGCAAUUUUGUUUUCCAGACCUCUGAUUCUGAAGCAAGUCUGGGGGAAACAAACAUUUCACCCUGACCAUAAAGACGGAAAACGAAAUAUUUUCUGACAACUCUGAGUGGCUAAACAGAAACGAUGGUGCAGCACAUGAAUCACACCGACAACACGCACGUCUUCUCCCCCGGUGGUGACUCCACCGAUUGUGGCGAAACGGAUAUGGAUAUGGAUGCUUCCCCGACUCCGGCCUCCCCCUCCUGUUCCCCGGGGGAACGGGGCGACGUCGCCUGGUGCAAAACUCCUACGGGACACAUCAAGCGACCCAUGAACGCGUUUAUGGUGUGGUCUCAGAUCGAGCGCAGGAAGAUCAUGGAACAAUCUCCUGACAUGCACAAUGCGGAGAUCUCCAAGCGCCUGGGCAAGCGCUGGAAACUGCUGAAAGACACAGACAAGAUUCCCUUUAUCCGCGAAGCAGAACGUUUGAGACUCAAGCACAUGACUGACUACCCUGACUACAAGUACCGGCCACGGAAGAAGGUGAAAUCGUCCAGCGGUGCGACCAAAGUGGAGCGUGGGGAGAGAAGAGACAAAGGCGGGGAUAGGACCUCCAAGUCCGGAACGAAAAGAAGCCCCGGGUCGCGAGGGACCAACCGAAGUCACAAGAUGAGAAGCGGCCAGCUGAGCAGCCAGGCGCACGAGAGCGCGUCUACCGCGGAUCACCCUUCGCUCUUCAAAUCUAGGUCAGUGUCUGCGGCCAGGCAGAUCCCAGACAAGCACGCGAGGCGGGGGCACAUGUUCGGCGGAGCAGGCAGCCUCGAGAGCGGACCGCCCUCCGUGGGAGUACCGGCGAGUCCCACCCUGAGCAGCGCGGCGGAGUCCAAUGACCCUCUCAGUCUCUACGAGGAACAGGAACCGGGAGCGCGUAUCAGAUACGCGCGCGCGCCCUCUCCAACACCGUCCGCUUCUCACUCCUCUUCCUCUCUCUCCUCCUCAUCUGAUGAAGAGUUGGAAGAUGAGCGACUCGACCCCCGUCCCAGCCCCGGGGUCGAGAGCAUGUCUCUGGGGAGCAUGGGUCUCUCUGAGUCCGAACUGGACCGGGAUUUGGACUGGAACUUCCGGGAGCGCGGGGCAGGAUCUCACUUUGACUUCCCAGACUACUGCACGCCCGAGGUCAGCGAGAUGAUCUCGGGCGACUGGCUCGAAUCCACGAUCUCCAACCUCGUGUUUACGUACUGAUGGGAGCGCGCUCAGGGGAAGAACUGGUGUAGAGAUGGAGAAACA